AUGAAAGCUCGUUAUUAUAAAGACGACUCGAUAUUGGAUGCCAAAACAAGGAAACAACAAUCUUAUGGAUGGUCUUCCCUCUUAGUUGGUAUAGAUCUUUUGAAAAAGGGAACAAGGUAUUUGAUAGGUGAUGGUAAGUCCAUAAAGCUAGGGAUGGACAAUUGCAUAGAUUCACAUCCGCCGAGACCCAUUAAAGCAAGUGUAAGCUCGAGUGCAUUGACUUUAGACAGUCUGUUCCUAUUCCAUGGUCCUUUACGGGCUUGGGAUCCUGAAAAAAUAUCAGAAUUUGUUGCGCAGGAAGACCAGGAUAUUAUUCAACGGAUCUAUCUUUCCAAGGAGGCGAAACCAGAUAAUCUUGUGUGGAACUACAACUCCUCUGGCGAUUAUACGGUGCGCUCGGGUUAUUGGUUACUAACCCAUGAUCCUCACAGUGCCAUCUCUUCAGACAGGCCUCAUGGUUCCGUGGAGCUAAAAAAUAAAGUUUGGCAACUUCCAAUUAUGCCAAAAAUCAAACAUUUUCUUUGGCGAAUGCUAUCCCGUGCGUUAGCCACGAAUGAAAGGUUAACUACGAGAGGAAUGCAAAUUGAUUCUACAUGUCCCCGAUGUAGGAAUUCAGUUGAAUCGAUAAAUCAUGCUCUGUUCACGUGUUCUGUUUCUUCCAUGGUAUGGAGGUUGUCAAAUACACCGUUUUACGGCUCUCAGAUGACGUCCGACGAUUUAGAGGAAAACUUUAUCCAUGUUUUGAAUUUACUUCAAUCAAGCACUCUCACUGAAGUUCAGAAAUUACUUCCGUUUUGGCUGCUUUGGAGGUUAUGGAAAUCACGAAAUAAUGUGGUUUUUAACAAUUUCCGUGAAAGCUUGACAACCAUUGUUUUACAAGCUACAGCUGAAACAAAGGAAUGGAUUGAGGCGACGAAUAUACAGAGACGACGAUUCCCACAACAAGCUCAACAACAUCCGAUAGUGAAGUCUUGGACAGCACCGCAACGAGACUACGUUAAAUGUAAUUUUGAUGCUGGACUUGAUCUACAGAACUUGCAGGCUAAAGGUGGUUGGAUAAUACGAGCCUAUGAAGGUUCACCGAAAGCUUGGGGAUCGAUGGUUCUGCAUUAUGCUGGCUCACCUUUGGAAGCAGAAGCUUUGGCCCUUCUAGCUGCACUUCAACAAGUUUGGAUUCGAGGAUAUACGAACGUAGUUAUGGAAGGCGAUUGUGAAAUACUCAUCAACCUGGUUAAUGGAGCUCCAGGAAUUUUGUCUGUAGCUAAUUAUCUUCUGGAUAUACAUCAUUGGGCUUCGAAAUUUGUUAACAUUCAGUUUAGUUUUGUUAAGAGAACAGGAAAUCAAGUGGCUCAUAAUCUUGCUAGAUUUGGUUGUAUUUCUUCCUGUUAUUAUGCUGAUUCUGUUCAUCAACCUGUAUGGCUACAUCAAAGCAUUUGUAAUGACUUUUCCAAGUUAAUAUAA